AGCUCCGGCGCGUGGGACCUAAAGAGCUUUGGCGAUUUUGUUCCUCAGUCACCUGCUAGCCACCUUUUUGGAAAGAUGGUUCUUCAUUUGAACUCCUUUUUUGGCUUGCAUGUCAUAUUGCUGUACCAUUGGAUGGGGACAACUUUAUCUUUGAAUCUGGAAGAUCCCAAUGUGUGUAGCCACUGGGAAAGUUAUUCAGUUACAGUGCAAGAGUCAUAUCCGCAUCCUUUUGAUCAAAUUUACUACACCAGUUGUACUGACAUCCUGAACUGGUUUAAGUGCACACGACACAGGAUCAGUUACCGUACUGCCUACAGACAUGGUGAAAAAACGAUGUACAGGCGUAAAUCCCAGUGCUGCCCUGGAUUUUAUGAAAGCAGGGAAAUGUGUGUCCCUCAUUGUGCUGAUAAAUGUGUCCACGGUCGUUGUAUUGCUCCGAACACCUGUCAGUGUGAGCCUGGCUGGGGAGGACCCAACUGCUCCAGUGCAUGUGACAGUGACCACUGGGGACCUCACUGCAGCAGCCGCUGCCAGUGUAAAAAUGGAGCCUUGUGCAACCCCAUCACUGGAGCCUGCCACUGUGCAUCGGGUUUCAAAGGUUGGCGCUGCGAGGAACGCUGCGAUCAAGGGACAUACGGAAACGAUUGCCAUCAAAAAUGCCAGUGUCAAAAUGGAGCCACCUGCGACCACGUGACUGGAGAGUGCAGAUGUCCUCCUGGAUACACUGGUGCCUUCUGCGAGGACCUCUGUCCCCCCGGGAAGCAUGGGCCGCAGUGUGAGGAGAGGUGCCCAUGCCAGAAUGGAGGCGUCUGUCACCACGUCACCGGGGAGUGUGCCUGCCUACCAGGAUGGAUGGGCAUGGUCUGUGGUCAGCCUUGUCCUGAGGGUCGUUAUGGGAAAAACUGUUCCCAGGAGUGUCAGUGCCACAACGGAGGGACCUGUGACUCAGCGACCGGUCAAUGCCAUUGCAGCCCAGGUUACACAGGGGAACGAUGCCAAGAUGAGUGUCCAGUGGGGACUUACGGAGUGCAGUGUGUUGAGACCUGCAAGUGUAUGAAUGGUGGGAAAUGUUACCAUAUUAGUGGUGCCUGUCUCUGUGAACCAGGAUACACCGGAGAACACUGUGAAACAAGGCUUUGCCCUGAGGGGAUUUAUGGUCUCAAGUGUGAUAAAAAGUGUCCCUGCCACAUGCCCAAUACCUGGAGCUGUCACCCUAUGUCUGGGGAAUGCUCCUGCAAGCCUGGCUGGUCUGGGCUCUACUGCAAUGAGACAUGUUCCCCAGGAUUCUACGGCGAGUCGUGUCAGCAGAUCUGCAGCUGCCAAAACGGUGCUGACUGUGAUAGUGUGACUGGAAAAUGCACCUGUGCCCCUGGAUUUAAGGGUGCUUCUUGUGGUACUCCUUGUCUUCCGGGGACGUACGGAGUAAACUGUUCGUCUGUGUGCAACUGCAAAAACGAAGCCGUCUGUUCACCAGUAGAUGGUUCUUGUGCCUGCAAAGCAGGUUGGCAUGGUGUAGAUUGCUCAAUCAAUUGUCCCAGCGGUACCUGGGGACUUGGCUGUAACUUAACUUGCCAGUGUCUUAAUGGAGGGGCUUGCAAUGCUCUGGAUGGAACCUGUACCUGUGCCCCAGGCUGGAGAGGAGAAAAAUGCGAACUCACUUGCCAGGACGGCACAUAUGGUAUGGAUUGUGCUGAACGCUGUGACUGCAGCCAUGCGGACGGUUGUCAUCCCACCACGGGUUACUGUCGCUGUCUACCGGGAUGGUCAGGCAUUCACUGUGACAGUGUGUGCGCUGAGGGACAGUGGGGUCCAAAUUGCUCGUUGUCUUGUUACUGCAAAAAUGGAGCAUCCUGCUCUCCAGAUGACGGAAUCUGUGAGUGUGCGCCAGGAUACAGAGGCACCACUUGUCAGAGAAUUUGUUCCCCUGGGUUUUAUGGGCACCGCUGCAGCCAGACAUGCCCCCAGUGCGUACACAGCAGUGGUCCCUGCCACCAUAUUACUGGCUUAUGUGACUGCUUACCUGGAUUUACAGGAGCCCUCUGUAAUGAAGUAUGUCCCAGUGGCAGAUUUGGCAAGAACUGCAUUGGAAUAUGCACCUGCACCAAUAAUGGAACGUGUAAUCCUAUUGAUAGAUCCUGUCAGUGUUACCCUGGCUGGAUUGGUAGUGACUGCUCUCAGCCUUGCCCACCUUCCCACUGGGGACCAAACUGCAUCCACACGUGCAACUGCCAUAACGGAGCUUACUGCAGUGCCUACGAUGGGGAGUGCAAAUGUACCCCGGGAUGGACUGGCCUUUACUGUACACAAAGAUGUCCCCUAGGGUUUUACGGGAAGGACUGUGCAUUGAUAUGCCAGUGUCAGAACGGAGCGGACUGUGACCACAUCAGUGGGCAGUGCACCUGCCGCACAGGGUUCAUGGGGAAGCACUGCGAGCAGAAAUGUCCUCAAGGUACAUAUGGGUAUGGAUGCCGGCAGAUAUGUGACUGUUUGAACAACUCAACCUGUGACCACAUCACGGGGACGUGUUACUGCAGCCCGGGCUGGAAAGGGGCUAGGUGUGAUCAAGCUGGUGUAAUUAUAGUGGGAAACUUGAACAGUUUAAGCCGUACCAGUACUGCCAUCCCUGCUGAUUCUUACCAGAUAGGGGCUAUAGCAGGCAUCAUCAUUCUUGUCCUGGUUGUGCUUUUUCUGCUAGUGCUGUUCAUCAUUUACAGACAUAAGCAGAAAGGAAAAGAAACAAAUAUGCCCGCAGUGACCUAUACUCCUGCUAUGAGGGUCAUCAAUGCAGAUUACACCGUUUCAGAAACCAUCCCUCACAGUAAUGGUGGAAAUGCUAACAGUCACUAUUUCUCUAACCCUAGUUAUCAUACUCUAACUCAAUGCACUACCCCACCUCAUGUCAACAACAUGGACAGACUGACCCUGGCAAAGGCAAAAAACAAUCAGCUGUUUGUGAACCUUAAAAAUGUAGAACCUGGAAAACGAGGCACCGUAUUGGACUACACAGGAACACUGCCUGCAGACUGGAAACAUGGUGGCUACCUCAAUGAGCUUGGUGCUUUUGGACUUGAUAGGGGAUAUUUGGGAAAGUCCCUGAAAGAUCUAGUGAAGAACUCAGAAUACAAUUUAAGUAAUUGCUCAUUAAGUAGUUCUGAGAACCCAUACGCUACUAUAAAAGACCCACCAGCUCUUGUACCAAAAAGUUCAGAAUGCGGAUAUGUUGAAAUGAAGUCACCAGCACGCAGGGACUCCCCAUAUGCUGAGAUCGCUGGCUCUGCUUCAGCCAAUAAGAACGUUUAUGAAGUUGAACCUACGGUGAGUGUUGUCCAGGGAGCAUUCAGCAGCAGCGGACGUUUCAGCCAGGAUCCUUAUGAUCUUCCAAAAAACAGCCAUAUUCCAUGUCAUUAUGACUUGCUACCAGUUCGAGAUAGCCCCACAUCCUCUACGAAGGAGGUCAGCAGUGAAUGACCCCAAAAGCUGAUGUAUAGCACAGUAGGACUCUCAAGGGGCAAAGUGGCAUGGUUGUGCUCCUUCCUCUAGUUUACCAUCAUAUUUGGCUCCUAAUCUGUCCAGCAGACAAUUGCUGUACAUUAAACAGAAUCUCAACAUGAGGUUUGUAUUGUGUAUAGAAGUGACAGAUGGACAAAUGCCACAAUCUGGGGAUCCUGAUCAUUCUUUUUUUCAUGGCAGUAAAUUUUAUAGAAACAGGUAUGCAACACAUUUAUACUGUAAUAUACUGGCUUAAAAAUAUUAGUUUGCAGAUCAGUUUUGAUAACAUCCCAUUUCAGCGACUUUAAAUAUAGACUUCAUGUUUGUCAUGUUUCAGAGUAGAAAUACUCCCAGGACAGUGCAAUUUACCAAAUACCACUUUGUACAGGUGAUCUGAUUCACUACUUAUGUAGAAGAAAAACUGCCUUGCCAAAUUUUACCUUCCAUUCUGAUCUUUAGCCAAGACAUAUUAAGAAAGAAGAUCUGUUGGGGAUAAGUAAGCACAAUACUGCAGUUGUUUGGAAAAUCCACCAUCAGGCUUUUUGUCCAUUACUGGUGGUGGGCAUACUUUGCUUGAACAGUUUUGGAGAUAAAAACAUUGCAUACAUCAAUAUUAUAUGAUGCCUCAAGAUCUCUUGGUACUCCAGACCCAGCACCAGUCUUCAACAAAUCUUUUGCUACUGUUCAACUCCAAAUGUUGCAGUUCUGACCACUAUUUCUGCCAUACACAACUAACAAUCCAUAACAUAUCAGUAAUUACUUCAUAAAAUAUGUAAAUUAAAUCAGUUUAUUUUUGUCACCAUGGACUGAUUAUGUAAGGAGUGGACAAAGGUGAUGACUGCUGUAAAUCUUAACUGCAAGGAAAGGUUUACAUUUUAUAAACAGGUAGUAAUAAUGACUGUAAUAUAGGAUAAAAAUAGUAAAGUGUUCUGAUUUUUUUUUCUUAGAAAUAACUAAGCAAUCUCUGUGCAUACUUGCUAAAAAGGCACCUUUUCUUUUUUAUAGUUGAUGUAGGGAAACACAUGCUUAAGCUGGUCUUUUGCAUUGCUAAUAAUGUGACAUGUACCCCCCACUCUUCAUUAACUUGUGUCUCCAUUUUUAUGCUGUGUGUCUGUGUUUCUAGUGAUCUAGCUUGUAAUUGCAAAAAUAUUCUACUGUGUGUCCAUUUCUUACGCAUUUUUGCCAGCUGGCCUUUAUUUUGUCUGGUUAAAGGGACCUCUGGGCAGAGGGAGAGGAUUAAAGUAAGAGUUCAUGUCAUACUGAUGUCUAUCAGAGGUGGUUAGCUAAUACGUAAUAGUUCAACUUAAUGAAUUAAUUGGGGAAAAAAAACCUAAGGUGUUUUUGUCAAGGAUAAUAACAAGAAUGCAGAAGAAAAGUAAAAAACAGUCCCUCUUUAAAGUUUAGCUUAUUCUGUUGACUAUAUGGAUGGAGGCCAUCUUUCUAAAAGGCUCCUUUCUCUCCCUCCAAAACAGUCUGUUAUGAACUGUGCAAUUUGGUGGAAUUUAAAUUUGCUAAGGUAUCCAUCCAUUGAAGCAAAACUGUCCCCCAAACACAUCAGCCUAAAGAUAAAAUGCUUGAUAUAGACUGGACAUUCAGUGCAAAGUUACCUUUAGAAACCUAAAAGUGAUGUGGCAGUAUUACUUCCAGCUGCGGCUGCUGUCAGUGAUGCUACCUGCUAACAUGCUUGUAACGUAACCCCAGCAGGCUUUUCCAACCUGCCCUGGUGGUAACUCUGUAGCUUCUUGUGAAUAGCUUGUCCCCAGGGUUGGUAUAUCCCUGACUGAUGGGGAAAGGAUACAGGCGGUUGCAUCAUAUGGCAUAUAAUGGGAAGCACUAGUCCUCUCUUCUCUCUGUUUUGGGGUCACAUUUUGGCACAUGAGACCUGUGAUAUACUAUGAAGAUGUGAAGGGCAGUCGAUAGGUCAAGAGUUCGGUGUAUGUGCUCUCCAGCUUAGCACAGGGAGUGCGACGACCAUUUUUAUCUUUACAUCUGGACUGCAAUACAGUCUGAAACAAAGAAGUAUCACUAUUGUGACAGCAUUGAUACAUUCCUAAGAAAAUCACAACUAGUUGCCUGGGGAACACUAAAUGCAACAGAGGAUUGACUGGAAGAAAAACUGAAAAAACUUUUGGAAAAUUUUUUUUAAAGGAACCCUAGAGCUGAAAUGGAAAUACAAUUUUCUUUUACUUGUUGUCACUGAAGUGGUGAUAAAUGAGAGAUCUGCAUCUGAAGACAUUGUUGCAGAUGUGCCCGAGCCUGAGAACGUAUAUGCCUGUACAAAGUGCCCCGCAACAUUCUUGGUUCUCGCUAGCCAUGAGCACUGCUGUUUUGCAAUUCCCUGGGCAUUUCUUGUAUAUCCUUGGAAUAAAUAAUUUGAUUAUCUUUAGAUUUUGCAAGUACAGAAAUUAACUACAAGAUUUCAAAAGCCAGUUACUAUUUAAUCCCUCUGUAAGACAAAGUAUUGAUUGGGUUUGUGUGCAUAUAGAUAACAUGUAGAGCUACUGGUAUAUACAUGUGAUUGUACUGUGUGAAACAGACUUUAAAAUAAAACCUUUCUUCUCUGAAGCCAUGAAUAGCAAAUGCUGUAUUUAGCAAUUGUGAGCUCAAAAAAAUUUAUUUUCUUACUCUGUGUAAAAUUUGGAGACCACUAGAUAAAUUAAUCUUCAUAAUAUAAACAGGUUUUUUUAAUAUGAAAAAGUGAAGAGCUGAAUAAAUUAUAUUUGUUUGAAAAUUUCCAGUAUGUCACAUAUCCUCAAGUGAUAUAUUCAGCCAAAUAGUCAUGAAAACAGAUGAGUUUCUGAUAAUUUUGCCUAUUGUGUAUGUUCUAAAUAUACACAUUACCAAAGCCGGCCUUUCUAUAUCUGGGUAAAACUCCUGCUGUGUAGUCAGCAUAAGCAAUGUCUGCAUAUAUCUGAGCCGGAUUUGCAAUACCUAUAGGUCAAGUAAACGACUUGUGAAUUUACUUCAGUGAAUGAUCGUUGCUAGACACUCAGAAAACAGAUUGCCUGCAGGGGUAAUACAUUCUUGUUAAACCAUAGCCGUGUAUCAUUCCAGAGGGAAAAAGCACAUGGGACUUGCAUUAGCAAUCCUGCUGUCUCCUGUACGGCUAGGGCGACUUGCUCUGGAGUACACUCUGCAGUCAAUUUAAGAGACCCCCAGCUCAAUCCUCAUGACUGUCACAUAGCCCUUUUUGUAGAUCCCAGUAUGCUCUUUAGGCAACUUCAAUAUUUCUGAACAUGCAUACUAUAUUGUGGUGGGAAUUUAAUGAGUAAGUUGAUACAAUAAUUUUCAUCUACUCAGAGAACUGGCUUCACCACAGGCAGGAAUGGAAAGAGAUGCCUUGCCUCUAUAGAUUCACAUUACAAAAGUGAGAAACAUAGCAUUGAAAAUGGAGAUAGCUAUCCCCUAGCAACUUAUCCAUUUAAUAAAGUGCAAAAUGCUGCACAAAGUUAAUAGCUGAUUUUAAAGUAAGUAGUGAGUAUAAACUUUAGGUUUUAAAUAAUGUAGGCAUAUUAAUUCUGGUAAUUUAGAAGCAUAAUGAACCUCAAGGCUUUUUACUAUAUCAAAGAUUUUUAAUCACAACACACUGUUACACAUAAAAUUUGUCCUUAUCUUGAUCUACCCAGAGAACUCCCAUUAACUUUAAUUGGAGAUGCACAUGCAGAUUACAGGGGAAAGAAGAUUUCAUUGUACUCCUACUUUGUGCUGAGACAAUCUGCAAAGUCAAGUUAAUAUUGAAGUGAAGUUAGGAUAAAACAAAAUCAAAGCGGGGAAUGUGUUAUUUAAAAUAUAUUGGAUUUUCCAAGUACUGUGACUACAAUUGAAUUUUUUAUUAGAUAUGUGUCCAAAUAAUAAUCCUUAUACUGAAGCUCUAAAGUCCAGACUGAAGAAUACAGAGCUAAUUUGGACAAAAAUGCUUUAUAUUAAAGAUUGUAUAUGUAGUAGUUUAAAUGGCUGAAAACAAAUGGGUGCAUGUCUAUUAAUUACUGUACAGAAAAUCUUGUCAUUUGGUACACUCAUACUAGUGCUAGAGCACUGAACCUAACUCCUCUAUCUUCAGUUUUUUAGCCCACAAGACUUCACUUUGAUAUGAUUGAACUGUAAUAUAUUUUUAAAGAAAAGCUAUCAAGUAUGCCUGGCUUUUUUUCUUAGCUGUAACAAAAGUGUUUUGUUGUGAAAAUAUAUCUAUUUUCCAAAGAUGACUGAUGUUCAUCAUUCUACCCUUCACUACCACUUAUUUCACUUCACAUACCUGUAGGUUAA